CCAUAAUUUGAAAGUGAAGGGGCCAUUAUUGAACAUUGGUGAACCUCAAGGGUGGAGAUAAACCCUCCUAAAAUCCUUGAGGUGAAUCUAGUCCAGCUCGCAGCAGCCAUUGAUCUUCUCUCUAAAGGGUUUCUUAUCCAUUAUGCUGAAACAGUUUCAUACCCCCAGAUCUUUACUCCUUUUCUGCUCUACUAAACCCCUUUGGAACUUAGAAAUAUCUAUGAACUUUUCAUGUGGGGUUCGCCCGAAAUCUCACCAACAUUCGAUUACUGUUAGAAGUUUUUCAACGGAAAUUGCAGAGGGUAGUGAAAAGAGUCUUCCUUGGCUUGAAGAAGAUAAAGUUAAACAAACUAAAAGACCUGAAAAGGUGGUUCUGAACAGGUCUUCUUGGGGGGAAUCGGCUGAUAAAUUGUUUAAAGGUGCUGAGGGAAGUGUAGAAUUUAAGAGAUAUGAGGAUAGACGAGACAAUUAUAAGAGCACAAGUAAUAGUGGAGAAGAAGAUGAUGAAGGAGAAAUGGAUGAUCCGAGAUGGGAUAGGAUUAAGAGCAGGUUCAGUCGGAUUAAGGUAAGACCGAGGUCUGAUAGGCCGGAGGUUAGAAGGUGGAACAAUCAAGAUAGUUGGGGUAAAAAGACAUGGAAAGAGGCUUCUGAAUCAACCCUACCGAGAAUGAUAGGCGAGGGGGUUUAUGGUGUUGGCCCUGUUUUAGCUGCAUUGUCAGCUGGGAGAAGGGAAUUUUAUGGUCUCUAUAUUCAGGAAGGGUUGGAUUUGAGUGGGAAUAACAGGAAGAAGAAGGAUAAGAAAGGGUUUGAGAGAGUUUUGAGGACAGCGGAGAAAGUUGGAUUAAGUAUAAAGGAAGUAUCUAAACAUGACCUCAAUAUGAUUAGUGAUAACAGGCCUCAUCAAGGACUGGUCCUCGAUACUUCUCCAUUGGAAAUGGUUGGUAUCAAGGAAUUGGAACCUGUUUCAAUAGAGGAAGAUACAACUCCUCUUUGGGUUGCUUUGGAUGAGGUUACUGAUCCUCAGAAUUUGGGUGCAAUUAUACGGUCUGCUUACUUUUUCGGAGCUUCUGGGAUUGUUUUGUGUGCUAAGAACUCUGCUCCAUUGAGUGGGGUAGUGAGCAAAGCAAGUGCAGGCUCACUUGAAUUAAUGGAGCUGAGGUCUUGCAAGAAUAUGAUGCAGUUCCUAACGUCUUCGGCAGAAAAUGGAUGGCGUGUCCUAGGUGGUUCUGUUUCUUCAAGAGCUGUUCCAUUGCAUAAGAUUGUGCCUGGUGCUCCUACAAUCCUUGUUUUGGGAAGUGAAGGGACUGGUCUGAGACCAUUGGUGGAGAGGUCAUGUACUGAAUUAGUUGGAAUUCCGGGAAAUAUCCCUUUGGAUAUAAUCGCUGCAGAAGAUGAGGAUGCUGAGAGUGAUAAUAGUAUUUUAGGUCAGAACUUUAGAUCCUUUAUGGCUGUGGAGAGCUUGAAUGUAAGUGUUGCAGCAGUAUGCAUACAGGCAUUUGGUGAUUUUCUGCAAUGGAUUGGCUUUGUUGGCAUUACAUCUCAAAUUGCUCUAUCCAAGAUUGUUAAGGUUUUAUUGAGCCUAGUUCAGCUUGUGAUAUUUCAAUGCAAAGAUUUGUUUUUUUUUGGAGCUACUUUUGCAGGACCGGUAGCUUCGACAGAACUUGUUGAAAUUGACAAUGCAUGAAUGCAUAAGGUAUGUAAAUCAACUAGAGGACAGCCAUUGUGAAGCUUGUUUGCAGGUUUAAAAUGAAAUCGCUUAGAUAAAUGUAGGUAUUACUUUUUAGGAGAAUUUGAACUGCUUAACACUAUAAUCAGGAUAAAGGUUUUAUGAUGUUUCGUUGUGGGAUAGUAGCAGGGCCUAUCCUUUUCUUCUUUUUUGUUUUUUCAGUUGACUUCAUUAUUAUCUAGGGAUUUUUACUUUACUCUUAAGAGUCAUGCCUGGUUCUGAAAUAACUAAAAGUUUGACAACAGACACAUAAUGAGCACAGUUGAGUAUUUUCUCAUAAUUAUAAAAUGCUACAACCAUGGAUUUUAAGAUGAAAGAUCUUCAAAUAGUCUAGUGAGACUGUGUUAAAUGAUUGUUGGAACGAUUUUGACUAACAAAAGAGCUGAAAAGGGGGAAAGAACAACCCCUUCUCAAAUAAGAGCACGAGGCAUUAGUUGUUCUCUUUUAAGCGAAUGCCUUCUCAUUAACUAUGUGAAUUUCUUACCAGGCUAUUUUCUUAAUAUUCGUUUGAUAUCUAGGACGAAUAAUAAGUUAGAGUAAGAAACUUCUUGUUCGUAGCUUGUUAUUGGGCAGAGAUUGUUAGUCGUGUGCUUUUCUUCCCAUUAUUGCCUGGAGUUUUCAUGAAGUUAUGAUUUUCAAGGAGAAUGGAAGAAUCAUUUUUCAGGACUCCUUUGAAAUAAUGAGUAGUUGUUCCUUCUCAUGCACUUUUCUCAAUUAUCUAUUUCCAAUGCCUUGAAUUCUGAUCUUAUCUCCUCCUUUUUCAACUAAUGUUACUCCUAAAAGAUUUAUUUGGUCCCAAACAGAGGCUAAAACCAAUAUUAGCAUUACCUUCACCAACGAGGCAAAGUCAUCAAACAAUCACUGAAGGCUAAAUACAUAAACAAAUCCCUAAACUUGUUGGGUUUUUUUCUCAGGUACUUCAACUACAUCAUUUUUCAAUUGAAUCAUUGAACCACCCAUAAUUUGUUUCUUUAAAACACUGUUGGUUGAUUUUUUGAUUAGCUUUUCUAUUGUAAAUGUCUUUAAUUAUGUUCGAAUUAUAAUAAUUUUGAUUGAAGGAAUGAAGACAAACCGUGUUAGUCUCAUUUGUUUUCUAAUGUGUUCAAAUGACUUUAGUAAAACACAAUUAUUCUCAAACAUUUUCACUAUCAAUUGGACUAAUGAUUUGUGGAACAGCGUAUGUAUCCUCUAUCAAUAUCCCUCACAAAUCUGGUUCCACAUCAGACAACGAUAUUUGUUUAAACGGAACAAAUCAUGGGGGUUCAAUGAUUCAAUAGGAAAAUGACGUAGUUGAGGUACCUGAGGGAAAAAAUCCAACAAGUUUAGGGAUCUGCUUAUGUAUUUGGCCAUCACUGAAUUUGGAAGAGCAUGACAUUUCAUUUCAUGAUGUACCAUAUCCGACAUUUGUGGCUUAUUUUACAGCUCACUUUUGCACCCAAGGAAGUGGCCAGUGGUCGAUGAAGUGAACUGAGAACCAUGAGGUCCUAGAUCUGAUAGAUGGUUUCAUUUUUCACAUGUCCAAGCCUUGGUGAGCAGAACUGCCUCGUACCUAUGCUGGUUGGUGAUAGUAGGUGCUCCGUGUAACUAGUGCAAGCAUACUGGAUAACUAAGGAAUGCACAGAAAUUAUAUGCAAGGUGUCUCUUCUAAGUGUUUGCAUGCUGACACUUUGUAUUGUAAAUGGCCAUGGUGCAUGUAAACUGGCUCAGAUAUCACCGUGAUCUGGAAAAAAUAAUUUCCCUCAAGCGCAACCUUGUUUCUUUUGCAUUUGUGAAGUUACUACAUUUAUUUCAUGUUUCA